AUGGCAGCUGCUCCGUCCGAGCCGUGCCCCGCGUCUGCGGCCGCCACUGCCGCCCCUGCGCCUGCAGAGGCCGCCUCCACCACCGACCACAGACUGCAGCGUGAGGCUGCGGCCCAAGCCUCGGACAUCCCCAGCCAACACACCUGCAGCAGCCACGACCAAUCCGUCCUGAGGAGGAGAAGGGACGCCGUCGGCGACGCCUGCGGAGGCUCGUUGUCCUGCCAGGGUGACGGCGGGGACGUCUGUGCCGUCCCGGACGCCGUCCCGGACAAGAGCGCCGCACCACUGUCCGCCGCGUCGCCCGCCGCGUCGCUCACCGCGCCCGGCGGCAACGGCGGCAACGGCUACGUGCAGGGGAAGUCCCAGCCGUGCCCACAGCAUGGCCUCCAGGAGCAGCACGACGCCAAGCUCAACCUGCUCACGUUCCACGACGUGCCGCCGCACCUCCGGUUCAACCCGUACAUCGUGACCGGCUACCGGCCCAUGUCCGACUUCUGGGGCUCGCUGCGGAGCCUCUUCUACCUGCACAACGAGACCGUCAACAUCGUGACGCACGGCAUCCCCAUCGUGUACAUCCUGCUGGUGGUGCCGGGGCUGAUGCCGUGGUCGCGUCUCGACCCCCACGGCCGCUUCCUGGCGUGGUGCCACCUGGUGGGCGCCGUGUCGCCCUGGGUCGGCAGCUUCGUCUACCACUUGUUCAUGAACCUGCAGGCGGGCGAACAAGUGUACAACCGGUUGCUGCGACUCGACAUGUUCGGCAUCUGGAUCUGCCAGAGCUUCGGGGCGCUGCCCAUGGUGACGGCCACAGUGUACUGCUUGCCGUGGAACGUGCGGUGGCUCAUCAUCGGCUCCUACUGCUUGUUGUCGCUGUGCGGCUUGUACAAGGCGAUGACGGCGUGGUCGCCGUGGGACCGGCGCCUGUCGUUCGCGCUGCCCUGGCUCAGCCGCCUGUUCCUGUGCGUGCUGCGCGCCUUCCUGGGCGGCGGCAGCCCGCACAACAUGCUGCACCUCAUCCUGCAGGACGGAGUGUCGCUGGUCGGGGGCGUGGUUGGGGCCGUGUACUUCCCGGAGAAGUACUUCCCCGGCAUGGUGGACUACUGCCUCAACUCGCACAACAUCAUGCACGUGCUGACGGUGGCCGCGGUGUACUCGAUGCACUGCGCCACCGUGCAGGACCUCGAGUGGAUCACGUCGGUGGACUGCAAGCCGGCCGGGCCGCCGUGGCCGCCGUGGAGCCCCUGGACCGGCAUGAUCCUCGGCACCACGAGCCAGACCGAGUUGUAGUCGGCUAGCCGCGGCUAACCGGCCUCUCAGUGCCCCGCCGCGGAAAAGGCGCGGUUUCGGCACUUGAAACUUUAACGUGUUGAAUUCUUGUGUUUGUACGCAUUAUGGUUAAUGCUGUUUUGAUGUAAAUGUUGUGGAGUCACUAAUAGGGAAGGGUAGAGUGGCCGUACGCGAGAGAGUGAGGUCAGAUCAGGGUUCGGUAACCUUCCCGAUUUUCAGGCUUUUCGGCGUCCUUCUCUCCUAACAAAAAAAAAGGUCAUUUCAUUCUUGUUAAAAAAAAAAAAAUUCUGUGAAUACUGUCUCCCAAAAUCUGGAAAUCGGAUAGGUUACUGACCACUGGUCAACAGACCUCGCCGCCUGGUGUCUGUGAUAUGCCACUGUUAGGGAAAGACGAUGUCGUUUUUUGUUUGUUUUAUAUGAUUCCCAGACCAAGAAUUUAAGUAACCACUCCAAACCUUGCAUAUACCCACUUUGCGGUGCUCAAGUCCAUUAUUCCAUAAACUGAAAAAAAAACUAAUCAUUUUUUUUUUGUUUUUGAUCAUGUAAGCUACUUAUUAUUUAUUUCUCUACUGUCCUGCCAAGAAUUGGAUUUAUUACUGUCUGGAGAGCUUACACAAUUCAUAUGGACUUCAAUACAAGCAUCAAUGCACAGGAGGGAAAGAAGAAAGUGAGACAAAUGUUUGUUUUACUUGUCAUUUUAGGAUAAUUCUAAUUCAGUAAAGUGGGAAUAUUUGAUGCAGGCUCCCUGGCAGCGCCAAAUACACAGUGUGCAUUUUAAUGCAUAUUGAAAGGACAUUGGCGCUUUCAGGGCUCUUUACUCAUUCAAUAAUUUUUUUUAAAUGCAAAUACGUAUCUUUCUUUUUUUAAAGCUGGAUUAGUAUUGAGUGAAGCUCCAUUAAGAUACAUGCAAAAAAUUGCCACAUAAGCAAAAAUUAAGAAACUAAUGUCAUGGGAAACGUGUUUGCUCACAGCUAGGUUGCUGUGUCUUGACUGUGAUUCAUUCAUUUAACAUCAACAUCUGUUGUGACUUCAGAGCUAUGCUCGGGCUGGUAAAUCACAGUUCUUGAAAACAAAUGUUGCAAGGAUCACACACAACUUGCUAAACUUAAGAUUACUAGGUGAAAGGGAGAGGCCUUCUUUGGCUCCAUUGCUAAAAUGACUCAGAAUUUAUGAUAAGUUUCACAUGUACAAAACAAAAUUUUUGCUCAAUAGUGGACAUUGUAAUUCUAUCAGACAGAAAUUAGGGUCCUAUACCCUUCAAGUGUAGAUGCCAUUGAACGUUUCUGUUGGAUUGAUCAGGGUUCUCUAGAACUAGAAUUAGCUAAAUAGUUAGCUUUUGCUUGCAGUCACUGCAUUUUAUUUUGUGUGGUCUGAACGUAGAAUCUAGGUAGGCACCCACACAGUGAUCUUUGAUACAAUAUUCUCAUUUUUAUUAAUGAAUAAACUCCUCAAGUCCAUUGCAUAAAUUUA